AUGGUAUCAGAGCAAUACGGAGUGAACUACAAAGAAACCUUCAGCCCUGUUGCCAAAAUGCCUACAAUCCGUCUCCUCCUCAUCAUUGCCAUUCAUCAUCACUGGCCCCUGCUACAAUUUGACGUAGCCAACGCCUUUCUCCACGGCGACCUCAAUGAAGCAGUAUAUAUGAAACAACCCCAAGGAUUUGUCGACCGGGACCAUCCCAACCAUGUCUGCCGUCUACACAAGGCACUCUAUGGCCUAAAACAGGCUCCCCGGCAGUGGUUUCGCAAGCUCACAGAAUUCCUUCUUCAUUUCGGUUUUCAAUUCAGUCGGGCAGAUCCCUCACUACUUGUCUACAACCGAACCAUCACUCAACUCUACUUACUCAUCUAUGUUGAUGACCUUCUCCUCACGGGCAACGACUCCUCAAUCAUCAAAUCUCUUCUACAACAACUCCAAACCAAUUUCGAUCUAAAGCAGCUCGGUCAACCAAGCCUAUUUCUCGGCAUUCAAAUCGCAUAUACUGCUACAGGGGCCUUCCUUCAUCAAUCACAUUAUGCUCGUGAUAUACUCAUCGCAGCCGGACUCCAAGACAGCAAACCAGCAAGCACACAUAUCUCCCCCUCCGGUACCAGAACUGCACCUCUUCUCAAACCAUAUGACAAUCCAACACAGUUCAGGCAACUCGCAGGUUCCUUACACUACCUCACAAUAACCAUACCCGAUUUAUCCUUUGCUGUCAAUACGAUCUGUCAAAGUAUGCAUAAUCCGACCAUUCAUGAUUACAUGCGGCUCAAACGGCUUCUCCGCUACGUCAAUGGCACUCAGCACUUUGGUCUACCCAUCACCAGAGGCUCCAUGGAACUCACUACAUACUGUGACGCCGACUGGACUUCGGACGCCACCGACCGGAAAUCCAUCACUGGAUUCUGUACUUUUAUCGGCAACAACAUUCUCUCGUGGAGUGUGAAGAAGCAAACUACGGUUGCAAAAUCCUCCACCGAAGCCGAAUACAGGGCUCUCGCCGCCGCUCUCUCGGAUGUUAUAUGGUUGCGCCGGCUACUUCUGGACUUCCAAAUACCUCUUGACGAACCGACCACCAUCUUUUGUGACAAUGCCUCCGCCCUGUCCCUUGCUCACAACCCCGUGUUUCAUGCACGGACCAAACACAUUGAAAUUGAUCACCACUUCAUCAGUGAUCACAUUCAAAAGCAGACCAUCACCGCAACUCAUCUCAACUCAGAAGAUCAAAUCGCCGACAUUCUGACGAAGCCGCUCUUCACAACUCGCUUCAUCACUUUAAGGAACAAACUAACCAUCAGUGCCUUAGAUUGUUAG